UACAACAAAAACGAGAAAUUUGAAGCAAAUAUCUAUCCGAUGCCAACUGAAACAGUAAUCGAAGACGACGGGCUUCGCUGCACCGUUCUGGGUGCUCAGCCAACUGGUGUAACUUCCAGAAACGGUGCACUCAUGUUAAUGGUUGACCGUGAAAUGAUCAAUGAUGAUGGGAAAGGGUUGGGUUAUUAUGAAGCAAGUGAGCAAAUCUUGGAGCAUUUACUUUAUCCAGCUGACCUCUUUCAGUCGAGUGGCGCUCAGUCUUCUACAGGAACUGGUGUAAAUACGGCAACAGCUUUACCGCCUCUACCAAGCAAUAUUCAAUUAAUUAAUGCUCGCUAUAUUGCACCAGGCACAGUUCUGAUAUCAAUGCGAAAACUGCCGUUUGACUGUUCGACCAAACCGAGCUUCAAAACCAGCACCAACACUGAUUUGUUACGACAAUUUUUUGAGUCAUUCCAAGGAUCAAUAUUCGAAUCUAAUCUAACUGGCACCAAAACUGGCAAAAAAGUUUCACCACAGAUGGUUUCAAACUAUUUUGAUUAUCCGUUGCACAUUGUUACUUUUCUUCUAAAAUUUGACCAAAUAACUUAA